GGGAACGUUACCUAGGAACCUUGCUACAGGUAGAAGGGAUGUUAAAGACUUGGUUUCCACAUAUAGCUGCCCAGAAGUCGUCAUUGAGUGGUGGCAAGCAUCAGCUGACCAAGCAUUUUCCAAGCCACCACAGUGAUUCAGCCGCUUCCUCUCCUGCAUCUCCUAUGGAAAAGAUGGACCAGACACAGCUAGGACAUCUAGCUUUAAAACCAAAGCAGCCUUGGCACCUCACAGAAUGGCCAGCUAUGAACCUUACCUGGAUCCACACCACUCCAAUUUGCAACCCCCCUCUCAGCUCCCCAGGUACUAUCUCCUUUAGCCAUGGUCCUUUAGGCACUGGAACCGGUAUUGGCGUCAUUCUUUUCCUACAGCAUGGAGUGCAACCCUUCACCCACUCUGCCCCAGCCACUCCAGUCCCACCUACUACAGCAUCUCCUGUCAUCCCUGGUGAGCCUAUGAAACUAUCUGGAGAGGGGCCUCGUUGCUACAGUUUGCCAGUAACUCUGCCAUCAGACUGGAGCUAUACCCUAUCCCCUCCCAGUCUACCCACCUUGGCCAGGGAGAUGACCAAAGGACACCGGGAGCAGCAGAGAAGCCAUGCUCCAGUUGCUCCUGAUGCUCAUCUUCUCAACCUCUAGCCCGGGGCAUACAGCUGUCCACUGUGAUUCCUAAUUUGUGUAAAUAUUCAUGUAUAUAUGUAUUUUUACUUUUAAUGUGUGCAUUUGUGUUGAGGAAGACAAAUCCUUUCUGAUUAAAGAAAUUUUUUUAUACCUAAA